AUGACUUCAGUCCGCGCCGCGUGCCUCCUUUGCGCAGCACUUUUCGCGAUGGUAAGGGGUUUCACCCACGAAGACAUGAAAGACGCUCUGCUGAAGAAACUGGGACUAAAUGAAGUUCCGCAAAUUCACAAGAGAGAUCUGGAGAACCUUGUGAUCCCAACGCACGUAAAGAACAAAUAUACCUCCAUGCUGAAACUUCACCACUCAAGGAAACGCCGCUCGCUUCCCAGUUUGGCCGGCAUCCUGAGGGGAAUUCCUGGAAAUGCAGACAUAUCUGGUGAAUUCCUAUAUUCUGACUCGACACGUCAGCGUGUUGUCUUUGAAAUGACAUCAAGAAUCCCUGAGAACAGUGAAGUGACCAUGGCAGAACUGAAGCUCUACAAGAAGGCCCCACACAAGCGCUCCAUACCGGAGAGAAAGGGCCACAGACCGGUCAACAACGCCCGAGUUAGCAUCUACUGGGUGGAACUUCUGAAAGACGGGUCAAACCGAACUUCACUAGUGGAUUCCAGGUUGAUUCCCAUUCACGAAACCGGCUGGAAGAGCUUUGAUGUCACCCAGGCGGUGCAAUAUUGGUCUAGGAGCCGAAUGGAGAUGCCCAUGCACCUUGAGGUGUGGAUCGAGGGCGAGAGACCCGGCAGUUACGCGGCAGAGAUGGCCAAGUGUGUCCACUUCACAACUCAAGACCCAGACGAGAACACUCUGGGAAAACCCGAGCUCGUGCUUUACACACUCAACCUAGAGGAGUUCGGGUCUAGUGGAGACUGUGAAAACAACAAAAAUCGCGAAAUGUGCUGCAGGGAAAAAUACUUCAUCAAUUUCCGAGCUCUGACUUGGACGCAGUACUGGAUCAUCGAGCCGUCCGGUUACCAGGCGUUCAGGUGUAACGGCGGCUGCCGGCAGCCAAAGCGCAACUACGGCUACGGAGAAAGGAAAUGCGCAGUCGUCGAGAGCGCGCCACUACCGAUGAUGUAUCUAGUAAAAAAGGGAGAUUACACAGAAAUAGAGGUGGCUGAAUUCCCAAAUAUGAUUGUGGAAAAGUGUGGAUGCGCAAUGGACAAUAUUUCAGUUGUAUAAGUAGCCUGUUUGUAUCGACCAGCAAACUUCAUGACGCACUAUACUACCUAAAGUUAAAAGGUCCAGAAUGGGUGUUAUCAAUUUAACCCUUGCUAGAUACAACCUCAAGCACUUUGUGUAGACUUGUAAAUAGAGCUAAUCUGAUAUGCGUUUAUUUUUGCAUUUGUAUAUGAGGCCAUUGAUUUGUAGAUGUUAUAUUUUGAGCAUAGCACGGGUUUGUUGUA